AUGUCCCUGGGGUCCGGGGUACCCGUGGGCCAGGGGACUCCGGUACCAGGGGCCAAGAAGCCCGGCUCCUUUUGCUUAAAGAGGACGCAGAGGGAGUCUGCCCCCAACAACAGUAAGGGGGCACUUGGGGCCAACCUGGGGAAGGAGGACGCAGGGACUGGGAAGAGAGAGGGGGCGUCGGGGACGAGGAUCGCGGGGCCGGUCGUCGUCACCGACGUCCUCCUCUCCCAGGGAUCUAAGUUCCAGGUCCGGAGAGCAGGGGAAAAAGCGUUGCUGCAGCCACCAGGGGCCGCCAAGGUGAGCGGCACCGAAACAAGGACGGCUGACAACAACACCGUGGAGACGAAGAGGGCAAGGGCCUGUACGAGCAGCGGGUCUUCAUUGGCGGUGAAGUUAGUGGAAGGACCAAUCUCGGAAUUGAUUCCAGCCGAGAAGAAGAGGGGGAGACCUGCUACAACUGGUGAGAGGGUAGGGUUGAAGGAGAAGAGGGAAAAGGCGCAACAGGAGAGUAAAGAGGAGAACCUUAGAAGGUUGGAAAAGGAGGCGUGGAGCCUCCUCGAAAAAGGGCGCAUUCACACUAUGUUGGAUAAACGCCCUGCAAACGAGGUAUUCAGAGACGCCUCCGCUUUGCACCUCCUAAAGGUGGUCAGGUCGUCGGAGCUAGUCGACAAGGUGGGUCGAGCCCUGGGGGCAGUGAAGCUGGUGGCGAAACGUUCCAGAUCUCUCAAAGGAACAUUAGUCAGCCUGCUGCACCAGUUUGCCACCACCUCUGAGGCGGCGACGGCGACCCUGAUCUCUAGAGUAGCGGAGCUAGACGAGAGGGGAGAGGAGAAGCCAGAAAUGGAAAGGGAGGCAGAGGAGCUGAGGGAGGAGAUCAGAGGUUUGCUGGCGGAGAAUACGAGGCUUCAAGGGGAGCUUCAAGCCAGCAAGGUCUCGGUGAUCCCCACCCUGACCCUCUUUCAAAACCGUCCAAGAAGAGAAGGACGGAAACCUGAGCAGGGGAAAGUGCGGAGGGAUCUUGACGCCUCCAUGGCGACUGCGGCCCGAACACCUGGCGGCGGGGUGAGGAGUCUGAUUAGUCAGAAGCCUCACCUUGUAUGGGGGUGGGACGGGAACCGGAUCGCUGAGGGGGCGGGGACCCAUGCGCUGGUCCAGGCUAGGGAAGUCAAGGAGAGGGCAAAGGACCACGGAAGGAGGGAAGGCCAGGCCCAGGCUCAACAAGUUCCGGCGGACCGAAGCAGGAAGAAAGAGAGAGCCAAGGAGAAGAAGAAGAGGAGGAAGGCGAAGGCGGGGUUCCUGAAGGAUAGAGAAAAGGAACUAGCCCAGGGAGGAGGAGUGGGAAUCCCAGCCAAGAAAUUAGAGGCACUGGGAAUCGAGGCGGGAUUAGGAUGGGCACUUCGGGUUGAGGAGAAGAAGGAGGAAGCAUGGUCCCGCGUGCCAGGGAAAAAGGAGAAGAAGAAGGAAAAGGAGGGAGCGAAGAAGAUUCCUACUCCUCCCCCUACCAAUCAGGUAGGAGUACAGAAAGGGACGAAGGGGGCGAGACCGGACCUGGGCAUUCAGGGAUCUCUCAGGAUGACUCAGGCCCUGAACAGGGACAUGUUGGUUGAGGUGCUUAGCCUUACCGCGGGGGCAGCCGCCGAUCGGCUUGCGGAAGAGCUCCGCAAGCUGGCGGCGAAGAAAGGCCCCGGUUUCCGCAUUCGUAGGUCGGUUAAGAUCGCAGCGUUGCGACUGACCGGCCUCGAUGCAACAACCGGGGCCGACGAAGUGGCGGCCGCGGUGGCCCUCGCCGGGAAUGCGCGCCGGAGGAGAUUUUCUGCGGCGAGGAAGGAUGGGACCAGCGGAUCUUCUGAGGAGGACCAGAUGGCCAAGGUAAGGCGGGUGCAGUCUGCGGACUUACCACCAUCUACCCUAGUAGAAGGGGAGACAGCGGGUGAUCCACCCCUGUCUCCCCUCAUGGUCGUAGACGACUUCCCCUCAUACCCCCCAGAGGAAGGAGUGCUCCAGGUAGGGACUCCCGAGAGGCAAUCACCCUCCGCACACGAGGAGGCACAGGAAGUCAUAGCCAUCAAGGCCGAAGCCCCCUCUGGGGAGACUGAGGCGGCCCAGCCGCAAGGGGUCUCCCAAGAGGGGGCGAACCUCGGCCGCGGCGCCCGGGCCCAGGACCUGUGGGUACACAGUAUCCGGGAACUGGGCGCCGGGCUGAGGGUGGCCACCGAGCCGAACUGGGUGCCGAUCAGCAACGAAUGCUGGUUCGGCAGCCCGGACGGCUCGGUGACCAUGGUGGCUGACCCUGCAGCGGGGAACCCUCCCUGUGUUUUAAGGGAAAAGGGGUCCUCGUACGUGGUGGUCGACUGGGGGCCUAUAACUGUGGGAGGGGUAUAUCUCCUCCACCACAGGAACAAAGUUGGGCUUGACAGCCCCGCCUGCAUUAAAGGGAUCCUAGACAAAAUCGGGGAUUUGGUGCGCAAGUGCCAUCCCCGACCUGUCAUAACUGCCGGGAACUUUAACGCCCAAUCUGAGGAGUGGGGUUGUAGUCCCCGGCAACGGGAUCCCAGGGGCGACUUCGUCAUCGGCUGGGCGGCAGGAUUGGGCCGUCUGUUGUUAAACAGAGGGUCCACCGGCACCUGUAUAAGGCCGGGAGGGGGGUCAUCGGUCAUUGAUUCGACAUCGGCCUCCCUCUCGGCCGCUAGGAUGGUGUCCGAAUGGAGGAUGGAGGUGGAGAGGCUGCUGUCCUUGUGGCCACCUGGCACACAGAGCCAGCGACGAGACGGGGAUGCCACAAGGGCAAAAGAGGACUACCUUGCCGCCAGGGUAGUCCUCAAGAAAGCCAUCAAAAAGGCCAAGCGGGAAGCCUGGAAGCAAUUGGUGAGCUCCCUGGAUGACGAUCCGUGGGGACGCCGAUACAAGAGGACGAUGGGGAAGAUCCGUCCCUGGGCGCCAAUGCAGACGGAGACGAUAGACACCCAGGCCCUCGAUGGGCUCCUGGACGCCCUUUUUCCAAGGGCGCAAGGGGGCCUCCAGUGA